AUGGAAGUCGCUGACGGUGCAGCCAGCACGCCUGCUGAACUCCCUCAGCCCGACGAUUUGGUGGCGGCGUUGGAGAAGAAUUAUUUCAAAGUCGAAUAUCCCAACGUGGAGCUCAAGAACCAUCGCGACGUGGUCAGCACAGUCGACAAGAAGGAUCUCGCCUCCAUCGCGGACAACACAUGGGUGACUGACGGGGCGAUAGACUUCCACAACGUGUUGCUGACAACUCUCGCCAAGCAGACGCACCCACAUGUGGACAUGUCGAAUUUUGAACUGCUGCUGAAGGACGUUCCCUGUCAUGUCCUCACGGCGAACCACAUCCCUAAGCAAGAGAAUGGUUUUGACUGCGGAGUCUUCAUCUGCCACUACUUGAAAGUUUUGGUCUACUCCGACUUCGCCAACUUGAAGAGUGGCCUGUGGUUCAAAGGGGUCAGCGCGCUGCAGUACCGCCGCAACAUGCGCGCUGAUAUAUGCGCACACGCUAUGGGGGAGUUGCUCCGGAGGCUAGAGGAAGAUGGCGUGGAUGUUCCUUCUCAGGAAAGCGGCACCACCACCAACACGACUUUGAAGGAGGGUGCAGAGGACGGACAACACACAGAGCAAAGACGUGUGGUCCUUGAAGCGGAGGUGUGCUCCUUGAAGCGCGAGGUCGGUGCGAUGACUGCAGGAUUCGCCGCAAUUGGGCAGGUGCUUGGGAUGUCGAGGGAGGAGCUGAUCUCUGCCGGCGAAAACAUGCUGCAGAAGCCUGCCUGCGCUGUGCAGGGAGCGGGAGGUAAUGAUCCGCGCAAGCACGGCCCAACCACUCCUGUACGGCCUUCAGGAUACACGAAGCAGCUGAACGACAGCCCUGACGAGGAUCUGGUGGGCUCCAACACGAGAGUGUCGCUCGACAGCAAGUUCGCGUCAGCCGUUGGAGCGUACCCCUGCUUCCCGGCACAUCUGCCGAUCCCCGGGACGGUUCCACACUGGCUGUUGUCGCGCCAGCAGGGAGCUGCGGUUUCACUAGUCCAGCCAUCCUAUCCUGUUUACGGCAUCGCGCAGAGCGGUGCGGGCGCACACCCCGGCUUCACAGCUGUGCCUAAGCAGGAGCCCUUGGCCGGAGGAGAGGAUUCUGACGAGGACGGAGAGGGGGAGACCGAGCCAGGAACAAAGCCGACCAAGUACACCGGGGUGUAUGUGGAGGCCGAUACAGGCAAGUUUGGGGUGAAGGUUGUCGCCAAGGACAAGGACGGAAAGAAGGUAACGAAGAGAGUCGGCGCUUACACCACGAUAGAGGAGGCAGCGUAUUGCUACGCGGCAGCAGCCCACGUGCUGAGGCCAGGCAUGGGCACCAGGAACUCUGUGGCUUUAACACCGGCGGAUAGGGCAGCUUUGAAGGGGUGCACUCCUGAAGUCCUAAAAGUCCUGGUGGAUGCCCGCAUGUGGUGGCGCUGGAGGGUAUGGAGGGAGGCGUACGAAGGUGUGAUGCGGAAGGCAGCGCGGGCCAAGAAGAAUGCAACGCCUGCUAAAAGGGGGAGACCGCGAAAGGAGAGUGGUGCGCAGGGUGGUGGCACGGCAGGAGAGGGUGAAGGAGAGAAGGCUGGAAGUGAGGACACUGAGAUCGUUGCCAUCGAACCAACCAAUGGCAGGGCGCUUGGGAGGCUCCGCAGUGCCGAUGCAAAGUCCACGGAUGACAAGACAGAUGAAGCUGGUCGUGGGAGGCAGAAGGAUGGUGCUUGGGAUAUCAAGCGGGAGGUGGCGGAAAAUCUGCUGGUGAUGGUAAUCACGGAGACUACGGGGGGGGAGACAUCUGACGCUUCUCCCGGCAGAGUAGGCAAGCAAGCGGCGGAGAGUGACUCGCCAGAUUCGCGUUCCAAGAGCGACGUUGAUCCGCGUCUGGCUCUCCGGAAUCGAGGCGAGGACGUUGACGGGGGCGACCAGGCACGCAUCGAGAGCGACGUCAACGCUUUCGAAGAGGAGGAUGACGAGGAUGUGGGCGACGCGAUGCGCGCGAUGUUCGAAACCAACACGAACCGCGAGAACGCUGAUGUCCCAACCAAUGGAGAGGAGGUGCGCGUUUCUGCGGGAGUAUUCAGGAGCCUGCUUAAGUCGCAAGACGAGAGCGCGAAGAAGGUUGCCCGCUUGGAAACCUUGCUUUUGGAGGCACUGGCGAAGUCCGAUGGGGGAUCUCGUCGCCGCAAAGCAGAGCGGCAGAGGGAGCCGGGACAGGGAUGCAUGAACCCAAAGCGCCAGCGUCGUGGCGAGGCUGUGGCUGAGCGACUAUGCGAGUUGGUCCGCGUGCAGCUGUUCCUGAAGAAGCCGGCCGCAACCAUGACUUUCUAUCCGAGCUCUGACGACAAGACUUAUGGCGUCUGCGCAGUGCUUGACCGCCUGCCGCAUAGCUUCGCGUGUCUCGCGCUGGCAGCGGACAAGUCCCGACGGGCGGACCUUAACAAGACGCUGAGCGAGUGGAAGACAAGGGCUGCAGCACGGGUCCGGGACAUUGCGCUCCCGAAGCUUGGAUUCUUCCGGGACGAGCGCGACGAGGCAAGCCCGUGGGCAAGGGACAACGCACGGACGCUGGAGCAGAUUCGCGAGCGCAUUGGGCUCGGAGCGGAUGAGAGCGAUGAUCUGGUGUUGAGCAACUGGGCUAACGACCGCGACGGGAUGCCAUUUGCUUCUGCGGCGUUUGCGGCGUGCGCAAAGGCUGCCUUCAUUCCGAAGAAGGCUGCACUGCCGCUCACUUUGAAGGUGUACCACCUUGCGUGGCUAGAGCACGUGGUGUCCGACAGCAUCAUGUACUGGGAGCAGAGGAUGGGCCGUCUCUCUAACUCGGCGGGGGGGAACGGCCACGUGGUGAACGGGCUCAAGGUGCUUGUGAAGGGCUCCGUUUCACAGGCCAUCCGUCACUUCAAUCCAGAGUACGACGAGGAGAAAGAGGAGUGGAUAUGGGGACGCCAUGGCCUCCGCCUUUCUGCAUGUGGGCUUGAGAGCAUGAAGCCCAAUGCAGGCGCUAGCGGAGGAGACGCCGCCGGGAACGAUGUGCAGUCGGUGUCUGUCGGGGGUGUGUAG